AUGUGGUCGGCGGGGAGGCGGUGGGUCCGGCGGGAGCGAGCCCUGCUGUGGUGCGUCCUGUUGGCGGCGUGGGAGGCGGCGUGGGGUCAGCUGCGCUACUCGAUUCCCGAGGAGAUGCCGAAGGGCUCGUUCGUGGGCGACGUGGCCAAGGACCCUCUGAGGGACGCGCAGGACCCGGACGUGGGUCGGAAUUCCCUGCAGAGCUACGAGCUGAGCGGCGACGAGCACUUCUCGCUGGCCGUGCAGGCGGGCCCCGGCGGGGAGCAGCGUCCCGAGCUGGUGCUGGCGAAGGCGCUGGACCGGGAGGAGGCGGCGUUUCACGAGCUGGUGCUGAGGGCGAGCGACGGCGGAGAGCCGCGGCGGACGGGCACGGCGCGGAUCCGCGUGUCGGUGCUGGACGCCAACGACAACGCGCCCGCGUUCAGCCAGGCGGAGUACACGGUGCGUGUGGCGGAGGACGUGCCCGUGGGCUCCGUCCUCGUCACCGUCACGGCCACCGACGCCGACGAGGGCAUGAACGGGGACGUCAAGUAUUCGUUCAAGAAGCUUAUGGAUCAGGCAUCGCAGAUUUUCGAGCUGGAGGCAGCGACGGGUGAAGUCAGACUGGUGCGGAGCCUGGACUUCGAAGAAGGCAACUCGUACGAACUGGAGGUGCAGGCACGGGACGGCGGCGAACUUUUCGACACUGCGAAAGUUGUGAUCACUGUGACCGACGUGAACGACAACACGCCCGAGAUUUCGGUGCGGUCGGCGCUGAGCGAAAUCUCAGAGGACGCCCCGCCGGGGACGGUGGUGGCCCUGCUGCACGUCCAUGACCCGGACUCCGGACUCAACGGGCAGGUGCGUUGCAGCGUCGCCGAGAGCCUCCCGUUCCGUCUGGAGAAGAGCUUUGAGGACUACUACCGCGUGGUGACGGCGCGGGAGCUGGACCGCGAGGAGGUGUCGGAGUACAACGUGACGGUGCGGGCGGCGGACGGCGGGUCGCCGCCGCUGCGGAGCAGCGCGGUGCUGGCGCUGCGGGUGCUGGACGUGAACGACAACGCGCCGGUGUUCGCGGAGGCGCGGUACAGCGCGCGGGUGCCCGAGAACAACGCGGCGGGCGCGCUGCUGCUGAGGGUGCGGGCGCGGGACGCGGACUGGGGCGCGAACGCGCGCGUGCGGUACCGGCUGUGGGAGGGGCGGGUGCGGGGCGCGCCGCUGUCGUCGUACGUGUCGGUGCAGGCGGAGACGGGCGCGCUGUACGCGCUGCGCUCCUUCGACUACGAGGAGGUGCGCGAGGUGGGGCUGUGGGUGGGGGCGGAGGACGGCGGCGCGCCGGCGCUGAGCAGCAACGUGUCGGUGCGGCUGGAGAUCGUGGACGAGAACGACAACGCGCCGCAGGUGCUGUACCCGCCGCCGGCGCCAGCGGGCUCGGGCUCGGGCUCGGGCUGGGGCUCGGUGUCGGGGUGGUGGUCGGGCGUGGAGCUGUGGCCGCGGUCGGCGGAGCCCGGGUCGCUGGUGGCCAAGGUGGUGGCGGUGGACGCGGACGCGGGUCAGAACGCGUGGCUGUCGUACGAGCUGGCCAAGGCGACGGAGCCGGGUCUGUUCCGCGUGGGGCUGCACAGCGGCGAGGUGCGGACGGCGCGGUUGCCGCUGGCCCGCGACGCGGCGCGGCAGAGCCUGGUGGUGGUGGUGAAGGACCACGGGCGGCCGGCGCUGUCGGCCACGGCCACGCUGAGGGUGGUGCUGGGCGAGAGCGUGGCCGAGCUGCUGUCGGAGCUGGGCAGCGCGGCGGCGGCGGCGCCGGGCGAGCCGGGCGGCAGCCUGACGCGCUGGCUGGUGCUGGCCGUGGCGGCCGUCUCCUGCCUCUUCCUCGCCUUCCUGCUGCUGCUGCUGGCGCUGCGCCUGCGCCGCUGGCGCCGCUCGCAGCUGCCGGCGGCGGGCAGCGGCGCCUUGCGCGGCGUCCCGGCCUCGCACUUCGUGGGCAUCGACGGCGUCCGCGCCUUCCUGCGCUCCUACUCGCACGAGGUCUCGCUCACCGCCGACUCGCGCAAGAGCCAGCUGCGCUUCUCGGGCGGCAGCUGCUGCGACACCCUGCCGGCCCGCCCGCCGCCCGACGAGCCCGCGCCGCCGCUGCUCCCCGAGGACGCUGACGGCGCCCGCCGCGACGACCCCGCCGCUCCCCCGCGCGGUCACCGGCCGCCUGCAGUAUCGUGGCGGCGCCUCCGGGUGCCGCUGUUGGCCGACGGGGAGCGGCGCUGGAGCCGCAGCCGCAGCCGGAGCCGGCGCAGCGUCAGGAGGGAGGAGCGCGGCGAGCGCUGGCGAGAAUGGCGAGGGUCGCUGGUGGGGCCGCUGGCGCGGGACCUGGGGCUGAGCCCGGCGGAGCUGCCGGCGCGCAAGCUGCGUCUCAGCGCGGAGAAGCAAUACUUCGGCGUGAGCGGGGAGAGCGGGAACCUGUACGUGAGCGAGAGGCUGGACCGGGAGGAGAUGUGCGGCGAGUCGGCGUCCUGCUCCGUCAGCUUCGAGGCGCUGGUGCAGAACCCGCUCAACGUUUUCCACGUCGAGGUGGCCAUCCAGGACGUCAACGACAACGCGCCGACCUUCAGCAAGGCUGCUCUCGACCUCGAGAUCACAGAGUUGACGCUCCCUGGUGCUCGUUUUCCGCUGGAGAUGGCCCGAGACGCGGACGUGGGCAGCAACUCUCUGCUGACGUACCAGCUCACUGGCAACCCGGCCUUCACUCUGGACGUCAAGGAGAGCCCGGAUGGAAGCAAGAGACCGGAAUUAGUGCUGGAGAGAGAGCUGGACCGGGAGAAGCAGAGCUCCUUUGAGCUAGUGCUGACGGCGGUGGAUGGCGGGGAUCCCGUGAGGUCGGGGACUGUCCAGAUUCGCGUCAACGUGACGGACGCCAACGACAACGCGCCCGUGUUCGGCAAAAGCCUCUACGAGGCCCAAGUGCGUGAGAACGUGCCGGCGGGGUCGCUGGUGCUGCAGGUGCGAGCCACGGAUGCGGACGCGGGCUCCAACGGGCGGGUCUCGUACUCCUUCGGCAACGUCCCGGACGACGUCCGCGCCUUGUUCAGUGUCGAGAGCGAGAGCGGCGAGGUGAGGACGGCGGGACCGCUGGAUUUCGAGGAGAAGAAUCAAUACAGCUUCGGGCUGGAGGCGAGGGACGGCGGCGGACUCACGGCUCACUGCAAGGUGCAGAUCGACAUCAUCGACGAGAACGACAACGCGCCCGAGAUCACGGUGUUGUCGGUGUCGAGCCCGGUGCCCGAGGACGCGCCCGCCGGCACCGUGGUGGCCCUGCUGAAAGUGCGGGACCGGGACUCCGGGGAGAACGGUCAGGUGUGGUGCGAGCUGUCGGGCGAGGCGCCGCUGUCGAUCGUGGCGUCGUCGGGCGGGUCGUACAAGGUGGUGACGGCGAGCGCGCUGGACCGUGAGCAGGCGUCCGAGCACCGCGUGACGGUGGUGGCCAGGGACCGGGGCAGCCCGCCGCUGUGGAGCCGCGCGUCGCUGGUGCUGGAGGUGUCGGACGUGAACGACAACGCGCCGGUGUUCGAGGAGGCGGCCUACAGCGCGUACGUGGCGGAGAACAACGCGGCGGGCGCGUCGGUGGUGCGCGUGCAGGCGCGGGACGCGGACGCGGGCGCCAACGGCCGCGUGAGCUACUGGCUGGCGGGCGGCAGCGCGGGCGCGGCGGCGUACGUGUCGGUGGAGGCGCGGAGCGGCGCGGUGUACGCGCAGCGCUCCUUCGACUACGAGCAGUGCCGCGAGUUCUCGGUGGCGGUGCGGGCGCAGGACGGCGGGGCGCCGGCGCGGAGCUCCACGGCCACGGUGCGCGUCUUCGUGCUGGACCGCAACGACAACGCGCCGCGCGUGCUCUGGCCGGCGCCGGGAGACGCGGCGGCGGCGUCGGGGGCGUCGGGAUCGUCAUCGCCGUCGGGGCCGUUCGAGGUGGUGCCGCGCUCUGCCGAGGCCGGGUACCUGGUGGCCAAGGUGGUGGCGGUGGACGCGGACGCGGGGCGCAACGCGUGGCUGUCGUACGAGCUGGUGCAGGCGUCGGAGCCGGCGCUGUUCCGCGUGGGGCUGCACAGCGGCGAGGUGCGGACGGCGCGGGCCGUGUCGGAGAGGGACGCGGCGAAGCAGCGGCUGGUGGCCGUGGUGAAGGACCACGGGCAGCCGGCGCUGUCGGCCACGGCCACGCUGCACGUGGUGCUGGCCGAGAGCUUGCAGGAGGCGCUGCCGGAGCUGAGCGAGCGGGCGGCGGGCGCCGACUCGCCGGCCGAGCUGCAGUUCUACCUGGUGCUGGCGCUGGCGCUCCUCUCCGCCCUCUUCCUGCUCAGCGUGGCGCUGGCCGUGCUGGCGCGGCUGCGCCGGGCCGGGCCGCCCGCCGUCCUGCGCUGCCUGGGCGCGCAGCGCUUCUCCGUGGCCGGCGCCGCCUUCCCGGCCGACUUCUGCGAGGGCACCUUGCCCUACUCCUACAACCUGUGCGUGGCGCCGGGACGCGCCCUCGCCCAGCCCGCUUGGCCCUCGCCGCCGCCUCUGCCCGUCGUGCCCGCGGAGGAUCUGCUGGGCGCGGAGCCCUGCGGGAAGCCGAGCCCGAGCAUCAGCGCCGGCGCGGGAGAGCCGCCCGCCGACCCCGACGCCCCGCAGGAGGAGAUCAGCGGAGGCCGGGAAGCGCUGUCUCCGUGGCGAGUGUCCCGUCGGCGCGAGGUGCCCGUGGGAAAGGCGGGCGGGCAGCGGCGGGCAGCGCUCGGUGGCUGCAGUGCCGGGAGGAGGCUGCGGGCGCCGCUGUUGACCGAGGAGGAGCGAGAGGAAGGCCGGAGCGCUGCAGGCAGCCCCGCCCGCUGCGGCCCGGCUCGAUCGCUCGCCCGAUCGCUGGCUGGCUGGUUUGCUGGGCGGGCGAGCGUUCUGCGAUCGUCCCCGCGGUGCGGAGCCGUGGUGCAGCGAGGCGGAGGCCGGAUCGGGAGGCGGAAGAGCGGUCGGCGGUGUUGCGGUGCCGGCGGUGGGGCGGCGGAGAUGUGGUCGGCGGGGAGGCGGUGGGUCCGGCGGGAGCGAGCCCUGCUGUGGUGCGUCCUGUUGGCGGCGUGGGAGGCGGCGUGGGGUCAGCUGCGCUACUCGAUUCCCGAGGAGAUGCCGAAGGGCUCGUUCGUGGGCGACGUGGCCAAGGACAUGGGACUAGAGCUGUCAGCUCUCCAAGACGGCGGCGUCCACCUCCUGGACAAAGGUAGGACGCAGUAUUUCUCUCUGCACGGGAAGACGGGACAUUUAGUGACGGCGGAGAGGAUAGACAGAGAGCAGCUGUGCCGGCUGGUGGAGAAAUGCGUGCUGCGCUGUGAGGUGAUCGUGGAUGGGGAAAUGACGGUUUAUGAUAUAGAGGUGGAAAUCACGGAUAUUAACGACAACGCCCCCAGCUUCAAGGAAACAGAGGUGGAAGAGAGAAUAAGCGAGAUGACAGCGCCGGGGUCGCGGUUUCCCUUGACCAGGGCUCAGGACCCGGACGUGGGUCGGAAUUCCCUGCAGAGCUACGAGCUGAGCGGCGACGAGCACUUCUCGCUGGCCGUGCAGGCGGGCCCCGGCGGGGAGCAGCGUCCCGAGCUGGUGCUGGCGAAGGCGCUGGACCGGGAGGAGGCGGCGUUUCACGAGCUGGUGCUGAGGGCGAGCGACGGCGGAGAGCCGCGGCGGACGGGCACGGCGCGCAUCCGCGUGUCGGUGCUGGACGCCAACGACAACGCGCCCGCGUUCAGCCAGGCGGAGUACACGGUGCGUGUGGCGGAGGACGUGCCCGUGGGCUCCGUCCUCGUCACCGUCACGGCCACCGACGCCGACGAGGGAGUGAACGGGGACGUUAAAUACUCUUUGAAUAAAGUGACAGACCUGGUAUCAGAUUUUUUCCAGCUGGACGCUAAGACAGGAGCAAUGACUUUAAUGAGAAGCCUGGACUUCGAAGAAGGCAACUCGUACGAACUGGAGGUGCAGGCACGGGACGGCGGAGGCCUUUUCGACACGGCGAAAGUCGUGAUCACUGUGACAGACGUCAACGACAACGUGCCCGAACUGAUAGUGUCUUCUGCCCUGAAAGCGAUCUCUGAGGACGCCCCGCCGGGGACGGUGGUGGCCCUGCUGCACGUCCAGGACCCGGACUCGGGGGCCAACGGGCAGGUGACCUGCUCGCUGGACGGGGGCGUCCCGUUCCGGCUGCAGAGCUCGCGGGGCAGCUACUACAGCGUGGUGACGGCGCGGGAGCUGGACCGCGAGGAGGUGUCGGAGUACAACGUGACGGUGCGGGCGGCGGACGGCGGGUCGCCGCCGCUGCGGAGCAGCGCGGUGCUGGCUCUGCGGGUGCUGGACGUGAACGACAACGCGCCGGUGUUCGCGGAGGCGCGGUACAGCGCGCGGGUGCCCGAGAACAACGCGGCGGGCGCGCUGCUGCUGAGGGUGCGGGCGCGGGACGCGGACUGGGGCGCGAACGCGCGCGUGCGGUACCGGCUGUGGGAGGGGCGGGUGCGGGGCGCGCCGCUGUCGUCGUACGUGUCGGUGCAGGCGGAGACGGGCGCGCUGUACGCGCUGCGCUCCUUCGACUACGAGGAGGUGCGCGAGGUGGGGCUGUGGGUGGGGGCGGAGGACGGCGGCGCGCCGGCGCUGAGCAGCAACGUGUCGGUGCGGCUGGAGAUCGUGGACGAGAACGACAACGCGCCGCAGGUGCUGUACCCGCCGCCGGCGCCAGCGGGCUCGGGCUCGGGCUCGGGCUGGGGCUCGGUGUCGGGGUGGGGGUCGGGCGUGGAGCUGUGGCCGCGGUCGGCGGAGCCCGGGUCGCUGGUGGCCAAGGUGGUGGCGGUGGACGCGGACGCGGGUCAGAACGCGUGGCUGUCGUACGAGCUGGCCAAGGCGACGGAGCCGGGUCUGUUCCGCGUGGGGCUGCACAGCGGCGAGGUGCGGACGGCGCGGUUGCCGCUGGCCCGCGACGCGGCGCGGCAGAGCCUGGUGGUGGUGGUGAAGGACCACGGGCGGCCGGCGCUGUCGGCCACGGCCACGCUGAGGGUGGUGCUGGGCGAGAGCGUGGCCGAGCUGCUGUCGGAGCUGGGCAGCGCGGCGGCGGCGGCGCCGGGCGAGCCGGGCGGCAGCCUGACGCGCUGGCUGGUGCUGGCCGUGGCGGCCGUCUCCUGCCUCUUCCUCGCCUUCCUGCUGCUGCUGCUGGCGCUGCGCCUGCGCCGCUGGCGCCGCUCGCAGCUGCCGGCGGCGGGCAGCGGCGCCUUGCGCGGCGUCCCGGCCUCGCACUUCGUGGGCAUCGACGGCGUCCGCGCCUUCCUGCGCUCCUACUCGCACGAGGUCUCGCUCACCGCCGACUCGCGCAAGAGCCAGCUGCGCUUCUCGGGCGGCAGCUGCUGCGACACCCUGCCGGCCCGCCCGCCGCCCGACGAGCCCGCGCCGCCGCUGCUCCCCGAGGACGCUGACGGCGCCCGCCGCGACGACCCCGCCGCUCCCCCGAUUCUAAAAAGAACAGAGACCCCAAAGCUGGGGGCAGCCAGUAAACACCGGCCGAAAGCCCGGGCCCCGGCAGCGCGGUCACCGGCCGGCUGCGGUGUCGAGGCGGCGCCUCCGGGUGCCGCUGUUGGCCGACGCGGAGCGGCGCUGGAGCCGCAGCCGCAGCCACAGCCGGCGCCGCGUCAGGAGGGAGGAGCGCGGCGAGCGCUGUCGAGAAUGGCGGUCGGUGAGAGGCAGCGGGAGAGUGGGAGCCGGCGGCGAGCAGGCGGGCGAGUGCUGGUGCUGCUGCUGGGCGCUUUGCUGCUGGGCUUGUGCUGCCGGGCGGCGGCUGCGUCGUCGUCGGAGCGGAUCCGCUACGCCAUCCCCGAGGAGCUGGGCAGAGGGUCGCUGGUGGGGCCGCUGGCGCGGGACCUGGGGCUGAGCCCGGCGGAGCUGCCGGCGCGCAAGCUGCGUCUCAGCGCGGAGAAGCAAUACUUCGGCGUGAGCGGGGAGAGCGGGAACCUGUACGUGAGCGAGAGGCUGGACCGGGAGGAGAUGUGCGGCGAGUCGGCGUCCUGCUCCGUCAGCUUCGAGGCGCUGGUGCAGAACCCGCUCAACGUUUUCCACGUCGAGGUGGCCAUCCAGGACGUCAACGACAACGCGCCGACCUUCAGCAAGGCUGCUCUCGACCUCGAGAUCACAGAGUUGACGCUCCCUGGUGCUCGUUUUCCGCUGGAGAUGGCCCGAGACGCGGACGUGGGCAGCAACUCUCUGCUGACGUACCAGCUCACUGGCAACCCGGCCUUCACUCUGGACGUCAAGGAGAGCCCGGAUGGAAGCAAGAGACCGGAAUUAGUGCUGGAGAGAGAGCUGGACCGGGAGAAGCAGAGCUCCUUUGAGCUAGUGCUGACGGCGGUGGAUGGCGGGGAUCCCGUGAGGUCGGGGACUGUCCAGAUUCGCGUCAACGUGACGGACGCCAACGACAACGCGCCCGUGUUCGGCAAAAGCCUCUACGAGGCCCAAGUGCGUGAGAACGUGCCGGCGGGGUCGCUGGUGCUGCAGGUGCGAGCCACGGAUGCGGACGCGGGCUCCAACGGGCGGGUCUCGUACUCCUUCGGGAACGUCCCGGACGACGUCCGCGCCUUGUUCAGUGUCGAGAGCGAGAGCGGCGAGGUGAGGACGGCGGGACCGCUGGAUUUCGAGGAGAAGAGUCGAUACAGCUUCGGGCUGGAGGCGAGGGACGGCGGCGGACUCACGGCUCACUGCAAGGUGCAGAUCGACAUCAUCGACGAGAACGACAACGCGCCCGAGAUCACGGUGUUGUCGGUGUCGAGCCCGGUGCCCGAGGACGCGCCCGCCGGCACCGUGGUGGCCCUGCUGAAAGUGCGGGACCGGGACUCCGGGGAGAACGGUCAGGUGUGGUGCGAGCUGUCGGGCGAGGCGCCGCUGUCGAUCGUGGCGUCGUCGGGCGGGUCGUACAAGGUGGUGACGGCGAGCGCGCUGGACCGUGAGCAGGCGUCCGAGCACCGCGUGACGGUGGUGGCCAGGGACCGGGGCAGCCCGCCGCUGUGGAGCCGCGCGUCGCUGGUGCUGGAGGUGUCGGACGUGAACGACAACGCGCCGGUGUUCGAGGAGGCGGCCUACAGCGCGUACGUGGCGGAGAACAACGCGGCGGGCGCGUCGGUGGUGCGCGUGCAGGCGCGGGACGCGGACGCGGGCGCCAACGGCCGCGUGAGCUACUGGCUGGCGGGCGGCAGCGCGGGCGCGGCGGCGUACGUGUCGGUGGAGGCGCGGAGCGGCGCGGUGUACGCGCAGCGCUCCUUCGACUACGAGCAGUGCCGCGAGUUCUCGGUGGCGGUGCGGGCGCAGGACGGCGGGGCGCCGGCGCGGAGCUCCACGGCCACGGUGCGCGUCUUCGUGCUGGACCGCAACGACAACGCGCCGCGCGUGCUCUGGCCGGCGCCGGGAGACGCGGCGGCGGCGUCGGGGGCGUCGGGAUCGUCGUCGCCGUCGGGGCCGUUCGAGGUGGUGCCGCGCUCUGCCGAGGCCGGGUACCUGGUGGCCAAGGUGGUGGCGGUGGACGCGGACGCGGGGCGCAACGCGUGGCUGUCGUACGAGCUGGUGCAGGCGUCGGAGGCGGCGCUGUUCCGCGUGGGGCUGCACAGCGGCGAGGUGCGGACGGCGCGGGCCGUGUCGGAGAGGGACGCGGCGAAGCAGCGGCUGGUGGCCGUGGUGAAGGACCACGGGCAGCCGGCGCUGUCGGCCACGGCCACGCUGCACGUGGUGCUGGCCGAGAGCUUGCAGGAGGCGCUGCCGGAGCUGAGCGAGCGGGCGGCGGGCGCCGACUCGCCGGCCGAGCUGCAGUUCUACCUGGUGCUGGCGCUGGCGCUCCUCUCCGCCCUCUUCCUGCUCAGCGUGGCGCUGGCCGUGCUGGCGCGGCUGCGCCGGGCCGGGCCGCCCGCCGUCCUGCGCUGCCUGGGCGCGCAGCGCUUCUCCGUGGCCGGCGCCGCCUUCCCGGCCGACUUCUGCGAGGGCACCUUGCCCUACUCCUACAACCUGUGCGUGGCGCCGGGACGCGCCCUCGCCCAGCCCGCUUGGCCCUCGCCGCCGCCUCUGCCCGUCGUGCCCGCGGAGGAUCUGCUGGGCGCGGAGCCCUGCGGGAAGCCGAGCCCGAGCAUCAGCGCCGGCGCGGGAGAGCCGCCCGCCGACCCCGACGCCCCGCAGGUCUGUAAGCCCGCGCGCUCUCCCCGAAGCCGGAUCGGUAGCCGGAUCGGGAGGCGGAAGAGCGGUCGGCGGUGUUGCGGUGCCGGCGGUGGGGCGGCGGAGAUGUGGUCGGCGGGGAGGCGGUGGGUCCGGCGGGAGCGAGCCCUGCUGUGGUGCGUCCUGUUGGCGGCGUGGGAGGCGGCGUGGGGUCAGCUGCGCUACUCGAUACCCGAGGAGAUGCCGAAGGGCUCGUUCGUGGGCGACGUGGCCAAGGACCUGGCGAUGGAGAUCACGGUGCUCCAAGACCGCGGCGUCCACGUUGUCUCCAAACGCGGGACGCAGUAUUUCUCUCUGCACGGGAAGACGGGACAUUUAGUGACGGCGGAGAGGAUAGACAGAGAGCAGCUGUGCGAGAGUGUGCAGCGAUGCGUGCUGCGCUGUGAGGUGAUCGUGGAGGGAGAAAUGAAGGUUUACGGAAUCGAAGUGGAAAUCACGGAUAUCAACGACAACUCCCCCAGUUUCCGGGAGGCGGAAAUAGAGCUGAGAAUGAGCGAGACGACGGCGCCGGGGUGGCGGUUUCCUCUGAGGGACGCGCAGGACCCGGACGUGGGUCGGAAUUCCCUGCAGAGCUACGAGCUGAGCGGCGACGAGCACUUCUCGCUGGCCGUGCAGGCGGGCCCCGGCGGGGAGCAGCGUCCCGAGCUGGUGCUGGCGAAGGCGCUGGACCGGGAGGAGGCGGCGUUUCACGAGCUGGUGCUGAGGGCGAGCGACGGCGGAGAGCCGCGGCGGACGGGCACGGCGCGCAUCCGCGUGUCGGUGCUGGACGCCAACGACAACGCGCCCGCGUUCAGCCAGGCAGAGUACACGGUGCGUGUGGCGGAGGACGUGCCCGUGGGCUCCGUCCUCGUCACCGUCACGGCCACCGACGCCGACGAGGGGAUCAAUGGACAAGUAAAAUACAGUUUCCAUAAAAUUUCGGACCGGGCGUCUAAACUUUUUAACCUGGACGCUGAGACGGGAGAAAUAUCCGUUAAAGAGGAUUUAGACUUUGAAGAAAUGUAUUCCCAUGACCUGGAGGUGCAGGCACAAGAUGGUGGCUUCCUUUUCGACACAGCAAAAGUGGAGAUCACGUUGACAGACGUCAACGACAACUCGCCCGAUAUUUCGGUGCGGUCGACGCUGAGCGACAUCUCAGAGGACGCCCCGCCGGGGACGGUGGUGGCCCUAUUGCACGUCCAGGACCGGGACUCCGGACUCAACGGGCAGGUGCGUUGCAGCAUCGCCGAGAGCCUCCCGUUCCGUCUGGAGAAGAGCUUUGAGGACUACUACCGCGUGGUGACGGCGCGGGAGCUGGACCGCGAGGAGGUGUCGGAGUACAACGUGACGGUGCGGGCGGCGGACGGCGGGUCGCCGCCGCUGCGGAGCAGCGCGGUGCUGGCGCUGCGGGUGCUGGACGUGAACGACAACGCGCCGGUGUUCGCGGAGGCGCGGUACAGCGCGCGGGUGCCCGAGAACAACGCGGCGGGCGCGCUGCUGCUGAGGGUGCGGGCGCGGGACGCGGACUGGGGCGCGAACGCGCGCGUGCGGUACCGGCUGUGGGAGGGGCGGGUGCGGGGCGCGCCGCUGUCGUCGUACGUGUCGGUGCAGGCGGAGACGGGCGCGCUGUACGCGCUGCGCUCCUUCGACUACGAGGAGGUGCGCGAGGUGGGGCUGUGGGUGGGGGCGGAGGACGGCGGCGCGCCGGCGCUGAGCAGCAACGUGUCGGUGCGGCUGGAGAUCGUGGACGAGAACGACAACGCGCCGCAGGUGCUGUACCCGCCGCCGGCGCCAGCGGGCUCGGGCUCGGGCUCGGGCUGGGGCUCGGUGUCGGGGUGGUGGUCGGGCGUGGAGCUGUGGCCGCGGUCGGCGGAGCCCGGGUCGCUGGUGGCCAAGGUGGUGGCGGUGGACGCGGACGCGGGUCAGAACGCGUGGCUGUCGUACGAGCUGGCCAAGGCGACGGAGCCGGGUCUGUUCCGCGUGGGGCUGCACAGCGGCGAGGUGCGGACGGCGCGGUUGCCGCUGGCCCGCGACGCGGCGCGGCAGAGCCUGGUGGUGGUGGUGAAGGACCACGGGCGGCCGGCGCUGUCGGCCACGGCCACGCUGAGGGUGGUGCUGGGCGAGAGCGUGGCCGAGCUGCUGUCGGAGCUGGGCAGCGCGGCGGCGGCGGCGCCGGGCGAGCCGGGCGGCAGCCUGACGCGCUGGCUGGUGCUGGCCGUGGCGGCCGUCUCCUGCCUCUUCCUCGCCUUCCUGCUGCUGCUGCUGGCGCUGCGCCUGCGCCGCUGGCGCCGCUCGCAGCUGCCGGCGGCGGGCAGCGGCGCCUUGCGCGGCGUCCCGGCCUCGCACUUCGUGGGCAUCGACGGCGUCCGCGCCUUCCUGCGCUCCUACUCGCACGAGGUCUCGCUCACCGCCGACUCGCGCAAGAGCCAGCUGCGCUUCUCGGGCGGCAGCUGCUGCGACACCCUGCCGGCCCGCCCGCCGCCCGACGAGCCCGCGCCGCCGCUGCUCCCCGAGGACGCUGACGGCGCCCGCCGCGACGACCCCGCCGCUCCUCCGCUGGGCACAGCCACGGAACACCAGCCGAAAUCCGGACCCCGGCAGCGCGGUCACCGGCCGCCUGCAGUAUCGUGGCGGCGCCUCCGGGUGCCGCUGUUGGCCGACGCGGAGCGGCGCUGGAGCCGCAGCCGCAGCCGGAGCCGGCGCAGCGUCAGGAGGGAGGAGCGCGGCGAGCGCUGGCGAGAAUGGCGGUCGGCGGCGGCGGCGGCGGCGGAGCGGAUCCGCUACGCCAUCCCCGAGGAGCUGGGCAGAGGGUCGCUGGUGGGGCCGCUGGCGCGGGACCUGGGGCUGAGCCCGGCGGAGCUGCCGGCGCGCAAGCUGCGUCUCAGCGCGGAGAAGCAAUACUUCGGCGUGAGCGGGGAGAGCGGGAACCUGUACGUGAGCGAGAGGCUGGACCGGGAGGAGAUGUGCGGCGAGUCGGCGUCCUGCUCCGUCAGCUUCGAGGCGCUGGUGCAGAACCCGCUCAACGUUUUCCACGUCGAGGUGGCCAUCCAGGACGUCAACGACAACGCGCCGACCUUCAGCAAGGCUGCUCUCGACCUCGAGAUCACAGAGUUGACGCUCCCUGGUGCUCGUUUUCCGCUGGAGAUGGCCCGAGACGCGGACGUGGGCAGCAACUCUCUGCUGACGUACCAGCUCACUGGCAACCCGGCCUUCACUCUGGACGUCAAGGAGAGCCCGGAUGGAAGCAAGAGACCGGAAUUAGUGCUGGAGAGAGAGCUGGACCGGGAGAAGCAGAGCUCCUUUGAGCUGGUGCUGACGGCGGUGGAUGGCGGGGAUCCCGUGAGGUCGGGGACUGUCCAGAUUCGCGUCAACGUGACGGACGCCAACGACAACGCGCCCGUGUUCGGCAAAAGCCUCUACGAGGCCCAAGUGCGUGAGAACGUGCCGGCGGGGUCGCUGGUGCUGCAGGUGCGAGCCACGGAUGCGGACGCGGGCUCCAACGGGCGGGUCUCGUACUCCUUCGGCAACGUCCCGGACGACGUCCGCGCCUUGUUCAGUGUCGAGAGCGAGAGCGGCGAGGUGAGGACAGUGGGGCCUCUGGAUUUCGAGGAAAAGAGUAGAUACAGCUUCGGGCUGGAGGCGAGGGACGGCGGCGGACUCACGGCUCACUGCAAGGUGCAGAUCGACAUCAUCGACGAGAACGACAACGCGCCCGAGAUCACGGUGUUGUCGGUGUCGAGCCCGGUGCCCGAGGACGCCCCCGCCGGCACCGUGGUGGCCCUGCUGAACGUGAACGAUCCGGACUCCGGGGAGAACGGUCAGGUGUGGUGCGAGCUGUCGGGCGAGGCGCCGCUGUCGAUCGUGGCGUCGUCGGGCGGCUCGUACAAGGUGGUGACGGCGAGCGCGCUGGACCGUGAGCAGGCGUCCGAGCACCGCGUGACGGUGGUGGCCAGGGACCGGGGCAGCCCGCCGCUGUGGAGCCGCGCGUCGCUGGUGCUGGAGGUGUCGGACGUGAACGACAACGCGCCGGUGUUCGAGGAGGCGGCCUACAGCGCGUACGUGGCGGAGAACAACGCGGCGGGCGCGUCGGUGGUGCGCGUGCAGGCGCGGGACGCGGACGCGGGCGCCAACGGCCGCGUGAGCUACUGGCUGGCGGGCGGCAGCGCGGGCGCGGCGGCGUACGUGUCGGUGGAGGCGCGGAGCGGCGCGGUGUACGCGCAGCGCUCCUUCGACUACGAGCUGCACGGGAAGACGGGACAUUUAGUGACGGCGGAGAGGAUAGACAGAGAGCAGCUGUGCCGGCUGGUGGAGAAAUGCGUGCUGCGCUGUGAGGUGAUCGUGGAGGGGGUAAUGACGGUUUACAGAAUCGAAGUGGAAAUCACGGAUAUUAACGACAACGCCCCCAGUUUCCGGGAGGCGGAAAUGGAGCUGAGAAUGAGCGAGACGACAGCGCCGGGGUGGCGUUUUCCUUUGGCCGAGGCUCAGGACCCGGACGUGGGACGGAAUUCCCUGCAGAGCUACGAGCUGAGCGGCGACGAGCACUUCUCGCUGGCCGUGCAGGCGGGCCCCGGCGGGGAGCAGCGUCCCGAGCUGGUGCUGGCGAAGGCGCUGGACCGGGAGGAGGCGGCGUUUCACGAGCUGGUGCUGAGGGCGAGCGACGGCGGAGAGCCGCGGCGGACGGGCACGGCGCGCAUCCGCGUGUCGGUGCUGGACGCCAACGACAACGCGCCCGCCUUCAGCCAGGCGGAGUACACGGUGCGUGUGGCGGAGGACGUGCCCGUGGGCUCCGUCCUCGUCACCGUCACGGCCACCGACGCCGACGAGGGGCUGAAUGGACAAGUAAAAUACAGUUUCCAUAAAAUUUCGGACCGAGCGUCGGAACUAUUUCACCUGGACGAUGAGACGGGAGAAAUAUCCCUUAAGAACCAUAUGGACUUUGAGGAAAUGUCAUCCCAUGAACUGGAGGUGCAGGCACGGGACGGAGGAGAGCUUUUCGACACGGCGAAAGUUGUGAUCACUGUGACCGACGUGAACGACAACACACCAGAGAUUUCGGUGCGGUCGGCGCUGAGCGAGAUCUCUGAGGACGCCCCGCCGGGGACGGUGGUGGCCCUGCUGCACGUGCAGGACCGGGACUCCGGACUCAACGGCCAGGUGACCUGCUCGCUGGACGGGGGCGUCCCGUUCCGGCUGCAGAGCUCGCGGGGCAGCUACUACAGCGUGGUGACGGCGCGGGAGCUGGACCGCGAGGAGGUGUCGGAGUACAACGUGACGGUGCGGGCGUCGGACGGCGGGUCGCCGCCGCUGCGGAGCAGCGCGGUGCUGGCGCUGCGGGUGCUGGACGUGAACGACAACGCGCCGGUGUUCGCGGAGGCGCGGUACAGCGCGCGGGUGCCCGAGAACAACGCGGCGGGCGCGCUGCUGCUGAGGGUGCGGGCGCGGGACGCGGACUGGGGCGCGAACGCGCGCGUGCGGUACCGGCUGUGGGAGGGGCGGGUGCGGGGCGCGCCGCUGUCGUCGUACGUGUCGGUGCAGGCGGAGACGGGCGCGCUGUACGCGCUGCGCUCCUUCGACUACGAGGAGGUGCGCGAGGUGGGGCUGUGGGUGGGGGCGGAGGACGGCGGCGCGCCGGCGCUGAGCAGCAACGUGUCGGUGCGGCUGGAGAUCGUGGACGAGAACGACAACGCGCCGCAGGUGCUGUACCCGCCGCCGGCGCCAGCGGGCUCGGGCUCGGGCUCGGGCUGGGGCUCGGUGUCGGGGUGGUGGUCGGGCGUGGAGCUGUGGCCGCGGUCGGCGGAGCCCGGGUCGCUGGUGGCCAAGGUGGUGGCGGUGGACGCGGACGCGGGUCAGAACGCGUGGCUGUCGUACGAGCUGGCCAAGGCGACGGAGCCGGGUCUGUUCCGCGUGGGGCUGCACAGCGGCGAGGUGCGGACGGCGCGGUUGCCGCUGGCCCGCGACGCGGCGCGGCAGAGCCUGGUGGUGGUGGUGAAGGACCACGGGCGGCCGGCGCUGUCGGCCACGGCCACGCUGAGGGUGGUGCUGGGCGAGAGCGUGGCCGAGCUGCUGUCGGAGCUGGGCAGCGCGGCGGCGGCGGCGCCGGGCGAGCCGGGCGGCAGCCUGACGCGCUGGCUGGUGCUGGCCGUGGCGGCCGUCUCCUGCCUCUUCCUCGCCUUCCUGCUGCUGCUGCUGGCGCUGCGCCUGCGCCGCUGGCGCCGCUCGCAGCUGCCGGCGGCGGGCAGCGGCGCCUUGCGCGGCGUCCCGGCCUCGCACUUCGUGGGCAUCGACGGCGUCCGCGCCUUCCUGCGCUCCUACUCGCACGAGGUCUCGCUCACCGCCGACUCGCGCAAGAGCCAGCUGCGCUUCUCGGGCGGCAGCUGCUGCGACACCCUUAUUAUACACAUACAGCGCGGUCACCGCCCGGCUGCAGUAUCGUGGCAGCGCCUCCGGGUGCCGCUGUUGGCCGACGCGGAGCGGCGCUGGAGCCGCAGCCGCAGCCGGAGCCGGCGCAGCGUCAGGAGGGAGGAGCGCGGCGAGCGCUGGCGAGAAUGGCGAGGGUCGCUGGUGGGGCCGCUGGCGCGGGACCUGGGGCUGAGCCCGGCGGAGCUGCCGGCGCGCAAGCUGCGUCUCAGCGCGGAGAAGCAAUACUUCGGCGUGAGCGGGGAGAGCGGGAACCUGUACGUGAGCGAGAGGCUGGACCGGGAGGAGAUGUGCGGCGAGUCGGCGUCCUGCUCCGUCAGCUUCGAGGCGCUGGUGCAGAACCCGCUCAACGUUUUCCACGUCGAGGUGGCCAUCCAGGACGUCAACGACAACGCACCGACCUUCAGCAAGGCUGCUCUCGACCUCGAGAUCACAGAGUUGACGCUCCCUGGUGCUCAUUUUCCGCUGGAGAUGGCUCGAGACGCAGACGUGGGCAGCAACUCGCUGCUGACGUACCAUCUCACUGGCAACCCGGCCUUCUCUCUGGACAUCAAAGACA